AUGGCAAACAAGGAAGUUCAGGAUACCAGUAGCAGGGGAAGUCUGGAGAACCCAAACGGGAGUUUAGGGGGCAGAAUGGGGUGGAAACAUCUGUGGAACUUGAAUGUCAAACAAAAGAUUAAGGUCUUUAUCUGGAAAUGCAUGAACAAUGCGUUACCAGUUAGAGAACUUAUCUAUGACAGAACUAAGCUGGGUGAGCCUAUAUGUACAGGUUGUGGAGAAGGAGAGGAAACGGUGGAACACCUACUCUUCCACUGUAAGAAUGCAGAACAAGUGUGGAACAUAUCACCUGUACAGUGGGAAGGGGUAGCUGACCAAAGGGGAUGCUUUAGGAGAUGGUGGAGUGCCCUGCUAGGUGCAAGAGCUAGGCAAGGAGGGUUGGAGCACAUAUGCCUGACUGCUAAUAUCUUAUGGCAACUGUGGAAAGCGAGAAAUGAAAGAGUCUUCAAGGAAAAGAACAAGCUACCUUUACAAGUAAUACAAAAAGCAAUGCAAGAAUGGAUGGAACAUCGGGAAGCUAUGGAAGGGAUCAGGAAAGAGAGCAUUACAGAAACUUUUGAUGCUGUGGACGAGUCAGAACACAACACAGUUGAGGGGGAGGGCAUUGAUGUACAAGUAGCUAUUACUGUCAAGAAGGAAAGACAGGUGGUGGGGAUUGGAGUAAUGGCAAAUGACAGCAAUGGUCAGGAAAAAGCUAUAUGGGCUAUGAGAGAGCGGAGCGCGGGACAAUGGCUACUGGAUUAUGCAGAAGCUUUAAAACUGGCCAUGGCGAAAGCAAGAGCAAAACAGUGGUCCCAUAUAAGAGUAGGAAUCACAGACCAACAGUUGCUAAGACAACUCAGGUCAGGAAAAGCUAAAGAUAUCAGGUUGUUCGCUCAGGUGGAGGAGAUUGAUAGACUAAGCUCCAUGUUUGUACAAUGCUCCUUUUAUCUGGUUCCAGAUGAACAACAUGAUAGACUUAGACAGAUUAGUUCAUAUGCUACAAGCAUUCCAUUAGAUGAGGAGCGCUAG